AUGGACGAACCAGGCUGGGCAUGGCCCGCCUGGAAGUUUAACAUGAAGAGGGAUGACCUCUUUACUUCCCUCCACGACAAAUAUAACACCAUCACCUUCUCCCUCCAGGACUCCGAGGCCUUCCACCACGAUGUCCUCGAGCUCUCCAACCAAGCCGAUACCGCUGAUGAGUUCCACCAACUACUGGCUGAGCGCAAGAGCCAGCGGACCAAGGAAAUUAAUGAUUGCUUCGAGUCCCUGGCCGUUGAGAUCAUUGCCAACCCCAUGUUGAUGGGUACCGAGCAGUGGCAGCAUGCCCUCCAGCUCUUCCGAACCAAAUCUUACGACUCCAUCGUUCGCUAUUUCGCCAGCUACAUCCCCGAGGAGCUCAUUGAUGAACAGCAGUGCUCAUCACCAGCCUCAGAGAUGUCUUUCUCAGAGAAUCCUUCUACUUACACCACUGAACCCAAGAUUACCGACGUCGAAGACAUGUCACAGUUUCUCGAUGAGGAUGACUUCUUCCCCAACGGCCCCGUCACAGCCAUCGAUUCUUCUUGCGUGGAUGCACAGGCUCCUCUCUCACCACCACACUCAGAGGCUGCCCCAUCAGAUGAGUCUGACAUUGGCAGCUAUCCCUCAAGUGGCCGAUCUUCUCGUUCUGCAUCGUUCUCUGCCUCUGAAUCCGGAAGGCUUUCCGGGCUUCUUCGAGACCUCGCAAAAGAUGAUGAUGAUACUGCAUCACAGUCUGAUAGUGGUGAGACUGUUUUCACGUCGGUUUGCGACUCUGUCGAGACUGUGUCAUCCAUCGACUCUUCGGAACACUACAAUGAUGCUCACUCUAUGCCCAUGACUCCUCAAGACGAUGAAGACUGGGACAUAAACAACCUACCUAUCCAAUACUCGGAUGAUGAACUCGACGAUACCCUAACCUAUGAUACCCUGGAUUCCGAAACAGCAACACCUAAACCGUUGCCGGAAAACGCCACCAACUAUCUUGAGCAUCCCCGCAAGGCUACUGCUAUCAGAGCCUUAUCCAUAAGGCGAUCACAAUCGCCCAAAUCAUAUAUCAGAAACCGAACCUCAACAACGUUAUCGCGUGCCAAUAGUCGGAGGAGCCCUGAAGAGGUCUUUUCCAAGAUACAAAAGUCCCCAGCCGAGGCUGCCAGAAGGCGCCCAAGAGGCAGAAUGGGUCUUGACUAG